AAAGGCAUUCAGCAGAUGGGAUGUCACAGUAGCUACAGCAUUCAUGGUAAAUUUGCUCUUUAGAUUCCUUUAAGGGUUUUUAUUGAGCACUAACAAGACAAGUACCUUGCUAUUGUUACGAAACGUCUGCUUCUCCCUACCCGAGUAGGUACGGAUCGACUUCUAUUCAAGGUGUGCUGGGAUAUAGACAUGAGUUUGACUUGUGAAGAGUGUGCUUCGAUCUAUGACGUCACGGGAGCGCCCGGGCCGCGCAGUGGUGGCGGAGACAGGAAACCACCUAAUAGCAUUGGGACAAUACCGAGAGGGCUAGGCCUUCACGAAGGAACAAGUAAAAACGGACUGGGAUUGGAUUUAAUACACAGUCCAAUAUGAUUGGAUAGCAUUUUAAUUAUUAAUGAAGUCAGAAAUAAAUCUUUGAGUAAAGGAACGUCGCUCACCGCCCACGACCGAGCGUUAUAACUAAGUUUGGACAAGGGCGCAGCAUUAUCAGAAGGUAGCUUUGCUGGUACACAAGUGGAAUAAUUCUUGGAAUACCUUCUUAAGACAAUUCGUGAUCAUGUCUUCUGAUACGGACACUGUAAAACGACGUCUUGCAUUCCAGAAAAGUUACAGCCAGGAGCAUGGAGGAGGCUGGCGACACCGGAGUCUCAUAGACGAUGCCAAGUUUGAAACGGCCACGAACCAGGAGUUUGAGAGGAGGGAGCGAUUCCUCAGUCGGGGGGAUUCCAUCAAUGAGGAGGAGGUCUUCGUCCAGAAUGGGGGAGCAGCGUCCCCUCCCGCCGUGGGUCACAAGAUCCACGGGGUCAUUGUGACGGUCAAGGAGGGAGUGGGCAACCUGACCAGAGUCCUGAGAGUCAUUGAGACAGCCAAGAUUGUCAUUCAACAUAUCGAAUCCCGAAAGGCCCGGAAGAAAGGUGCGCAGUUCGAGAUAUUCCUCCAGUGCGCAGGUUCCCUUGAGGGCGUGUCAAGCGCGUGCGACUUGAUGAAGCAGAGUCCAUUUGUGCUGGACACAGAAGUCCUGGGCGAGGCCGAGACUGAGAGUAAAGAGCUGUGGUUCCCGAGGCACAUAUCAGAGCUGGAUCAGUGUACCCAUAUCGUCACCAAGUUUGAACCGGAACUUGACCAUCAUCAUCCGGGGUACACAGACCUUGAGUACAGGAAAAGGCGGAAGGAGAUUGCAGACAUUGCUUUUACUUAUCGACACUCACAGGCGAUACCCAGAGUCACAUACACCGACGACGAGGUCGCUACAUGGGCUCACGUGUACCGGACGCUGAAGGAGCUGUAUCCCACGCAUGCGUGCAAGCAGCACAACGCCAUUUUUAAAGUGCUGGAAGAGGAAUGUGGCUACGGACCUGAAACAAUACCGCAACUUGAGGAUGUUUCCAACUUCCUGAAACGUAAGACUGGUUUCCAGCUGCGCCCAGUCGCCGGGCUGUUGUCUGCACGUGACUUCCUAUCGUCCUUGGCCUUCAGAGUAUUCCAGUGUACGCAGUACAUCCGACAUCCCUCCAAACCAGAGCAGUCCCCAGAACCUGACUGUAUUCACGAACUCCUGGGCCACGCCCCCCUGCUAGCGGACCCUCUGUUCGCCCAGUUCUCUCAGGAACUUGGGCUAUUGUCUCUUGGAGCGGCUGACGAGGAUAUUGAAAAGUUUGCAACAGUAUAUUGGUUCACUGUGGAGUUCGGGCUGUGCAAACAACAGGGUCAGAUCCGAGCAUGUGGCGCCGCGGUGCUGUCGGCGUAUGGGGAACUUAAACACGCCCUCAGUGACGUCCCGGAACACCGACCCUUCGACCCCUUCAAGACGGCUGUGUUCAAGUACGACGACGAGGACCUCCAACCGUUGUACGUCGUGGUGGAGUCGUUCGAAGACAUGAUGGACAAAAUGAGGAAUUUUGCAUCUCAGAUCAAACGUCCAUACGAAGUGCAGUAUGACCCGUACACUCAGUCGGUGCAGCUGCUCAACACCAAGGGGGUCCUGCACUCUGUGGCCAGGAAUCUCAAGGGGCAGCUGGAGAACUUACAACACGCCAUUGACAAAAUACAGGCCUUCAGUCUCGACUCGUAGAUCCUAGUCCCGCUUGUUGUUAAACAACGUCAUGUAACACCAAAUAUGUAUACGUAGGUUGUAUAACCUAUAACCUAUAUAACACGAAGAGGUUAUAUAACAUGAAUAGGUUAAUAUUGUAGUUCAUGUCCUAGAAACCCGUGAAGAAGUAGCGACAAGAUGCCUAUCCUCAGAUAUAUCUGACAUUACUGAAGUAUCGCUCCGCCGUAGUUAGACUGCGUGAGUUUUUGUACAGUGAAACCCUGUUAGUCUGGACACCGUGAUUUCCGAACGAUCUUUAUAAGAACAUUUAUAUACACAGGGGUAUAUUGUCUCAUACCCAUUGUUCGUUAAUCUGAACAUGUUUUCCUCCGGACCAUUUCGUUGGAAUCAUUACUGUCCGCAUUAAAAGGGUUUCAGUGUAAAGGAUUUAAAUAGUUGCGUUGUUGGUCUGAGAGGUCUUGGGGUGCAGUAAUGUAUUUCCUUCCGCAUAUGCCUGAUUGUUGAGAAGCUAAGGAGUAAUGUCAGAACUAUGUUCAUGAGUGCUACCCAGACAGUUCAUGAAUGCUACCCAGACAGUAUGAGCUUUUCAUGAACCGUUCAUGAGCCUUCGUGCAUUGUCCCGUGUGAUAUUCAUUACGCCAGUCUUACUGCAGUGCUGUCAUCGGUUAAACAUACAUGUUGUGACUGUAUCUGUUUGUAAUGUAAGUGCGUGUAUGCUUGAACAUGGUUAAAUACACAGUUACAAUGUACACAUAAACUGUUUUUUAGAAUU